CUUCCGGCGCAGGAGUCGCGGCCCCGCCUUCGCGCGAUGGCGGCGCUCGGCCGGCAGGUCUUGGAUUGGCACCGCCUGGUCCCCCUCACCUGGGCUGGCAUCGCUAGGCAGACGCCUCGUCUUGGAGAACAGGAAAGGGCACCGGCUCCCUUGUUGCGAAAACUGACCACAGCCUCCAGUGGAGGAGGGGGCCUUGUGGGGUUACCCCGUGUGGAGCCCAGAAAGGAUGUGCAGAAACCAGAGUGCUGGACGAGCCUUGCUCGGUGCCACCUCCAUAAGCAGAGGGCUCCUGUGGAGGGAGGGUCCCUGGAGCGGGAGGAGGUCAUCCGUGCCCUCCUGGACAUGGGUUUCAGUGAUGUCCAUGCUCAAGAAUUGCUCAGUAUACAACCAAGCCCCCACCCUCGACAGCUGCUGGACAUCGUCUCAGAGUUAAUACUCUUGGGUGUGAACCCGGAGCCGGUGUGCGUGGCCUUGAAGAAAAGUCCUCAGUUACUGAAACUCCCUGUAAUGCACGUGAAGAAGCGCUCCGCCUACCUGCGGAAGCUUGGGCUCGAGGAAGGGAAACUAAAGAGGGUGCUACACUGCUGCCCCGAAGUGCUCACCAUGUCCCAGCGGGACAUCGACAGCAUCGUCAGGGUCCUCAGGGAGAAGUGCCUUUUCACAGCACAGCAGGUGACGGAGGUUCUGCACAGAUGCCCCCAGCUUCUCCGGGAGGCCCCGGGAGAGGUGGAGUACAAGUUCCAGUAUGCCUACUUUAGGAUGGGCGUGAAGCACGCGGAUGUGGUGCGGACCGACUUCCUGCAGUACCCCAUCGCCAAGACCAGGCAGCGGCACACCUUCCUGGAGCGCCUGGGGCGGUACCAGACCCCGGACAAGAAGGGGCAGACCCAGGUCCCCAACCCUCUCGUCAAGGACAUUCUCAGAGUUUCAGAAGCUGAGUUUCUGGCCAGGACGGCCCGUUCUUCUGCUGAGGAGUUUGAAGUUUUCAAGAAGCUCCUGGCUCGGGAGGAGCAGGAGGAGCCUGAGAGCCACACGCCUGGUGACAGAAACACCAGUGAGGGGGACGAGGACGAGGGCGAGGACGAGGACGAGGACGAGGACCGGGAGGAGGAGGGGGAGCUAUGAUAGAAGGCCCAGAGACGCCAAAGCACAUUUCGGUUCUCUCAAAGCUUUUGGGAGCUUCACUUGGGUCUUCUCAGGCUACUUUUCAUUCUAAAAGGGGUCUUUUGGUGAAAACUUACUGUAGCUCAUCUGAGAAGUAGGUCAGACUAAGUAGCAGGUGCGUUAUUUCGAUUUGUUGUCAGUCUCUGGGCAGAGCCCGGCUCCCUCGUGAAUAAAAGAUGGGUCCUGGCUGUUCAGAUCGGGAAC